CGCCCCGCUCGGUAGCGCGCCGCUCAGGGCAGGUAGAGCCGGGCUCCGGGCGCGCGGGGGCCGCAGCAGCUGCCGCCCGACCUCGCCUCGGCCCUGCGCACAGCCUCGCGCGCCCAUGGCGGGCUCGGAGCAGCAGCGGCCGCGGCGGCAGGACGACGGAGAAGCGGCGGCGGCGGCGGCCGCGGCGGCCGCGGCGGCGCCCCUGCAGGACGCGGAGCUGGCUCUGGCUGGCAUCAACAUGCUGCUCAACAACGGCUUCAGGGAGUCGGACCAGCUUUUCAAACAAUACAGAAAUCAUAGCCCGUUAAUGAGUUUUGGAGCCAGCUUCGUCAGUUUUUUGAACGCCAUGAUGACAUUUGAGGAGGAAAAAAUGCAGUUGGCGUGUGAUGACUUAAAGACAACAGAGAAGCUCUGUGAAAGCGAGGAGGCUGGAGUAAUUGAAACCAUCAAGAAUAAAAUUAAGAAAAAUGUUGACGUCCGAAAAUCUGCCCCCACUAUGGUUGAUCGGCUUCAGAGGCAAAUAAUCAUUGCCGACUGUCAGGUCUAUCUGGCUGUGCUCUCGUUUGUGAAACAAGAAUUGUCAGCCUAUAUAAAAGGUGGGUGGAUCCUUAGGAAAGCCUGGAAGAUUUAUAAUAAAUGCUAUCUGGACAUCAAUGCCCUUCAGGAACUGUAUCAGAAGAAGCUAACUGAAGAGCCUUUGACUUCUGACGCUGCAAAUGAUAAUCACAUUAUGGCUGAAGGGGUGUCUGAGGAGUCUCUAAACAGACUGAAAGGUGCUGUUAGCUUUGGAUAUGGCCUUUUUCACCUUUGCAUAUCCAUGGUGCCCCCCAACCUGCUCAAAAUCAUCAACCUGCUGGGUUUUCCUGGAGACCGCCUGCAAGGGCUUUCUUCACUGAUGUAUGCAAGCGAAAGUAAGGACAUGAAGGCCCCUUUAGCUACAUUGGCUCUGCUCUGGUAUCAUACCGUAGUCCGCCCGUUUUUUGCCUUGGAUGGCAGUGAUAACAAAGCAGGCCUGGAUGAAGCCAAGGAAAUUCUUCUCAAAAAAGAAGCUGCUUAUCCAAAUUCCUCCCUCUUCAUGUUUUUCAAGGGACGCAUACAACGAUUAGAGUGUCAAAUCAACAGUGCCUUGACUUCUUUCCAUACUGCUUUGGAGCUCGCGAUAGAUCAGAGAGAAAUCCAACACGUCUGUCUGUAUGAAAUAGGUUGGUGCAGCAUGAUCGAGCUGAACUUCAAGGAUGCAUUUGAUUCCUUUGAGAGGCUGAAAAACGAAUCCAGGUGGUCCCAGUGCUAUUAUGCCUACUUAACUGCGGUUUGUCAGGGAGCCACUGGUGACGUGGAUGGGGCACAGAUAGUCUUCAGAGAAGUUCAGAAACUCUUCAAAAGGAAAAACAACCAGAUUGAACAGUUCUCAGUGAAAAAGGCAGAGAGAUUUCGGAAGCAGGCUCCGACCAAAGCGCUGUGCGUGCUGGCCUCCAUCGAAGUGUUGUACCUGUGGAAAGCCCUUCCCAACUGCUCCCUCCCCAACCUGCAGAGAAUGAGUCAAGAGAUCACAAGCAGACGGAGAAGCAGGCAGAGAGAGAGAUAGAGGGAAGCAGGCUCCCCGCUGAGCAGAGAGCCCGAUGCGGGACUCGAUCCCAGGACCCCGAGAUCAUGACCUGAGCCGAAGGCAGUGGCUUAAUCCACUGAGCCACCCAGGCACCCCUAAACGACAUCUUUAAAUAAAAUAAAGCUUUAUUGGUGAUUAAAGAAAUAUCAUAGCAUUUUUUAAGUACUUAAUGGCAGACAUUGGAUGCUGUCUAACCUGGCAAAUUGUUUAGUUUGCUCUAUCCUGCUUUCUACGUAAGUAAGAAAGACAGUAUCGUCAGAGCCAUUUUAUGCAUGAAGAGACUAGUGCUCAGAUAGAGCUCGGUGACAUGGCCAGCUCCCAUCUGGACAGGUGUCCCUCCCUGCCCCUGAUCUGAGGACAGCUCAGCGAGUAGCUUUCCUACAGCUUCAUCUCCUGGGAGCAUGGUGAGAUUUACGUCCCGUAGCUAGCACAAUUGCACCAUGAGACCGUUAUGUCAAAAUAACGCAUACAUCCAGAAGGAUGGUUUUAUAGAAAUGUAUCCUUAUUCACACACAUGCUGCCCUUUUCCAAAAGAGGCUUAAUACUGAUAUUUGGACUUACUCAAAACUAGUUUGUUAGUCAUUAAAGGAAAUUUGUCAGAUUUCUGUAUAAUCACACUUUUGGAUCAAAUAUAGAAUUAUCCAUUGUAUCACAUACUUUUAUCAUCAGACUUCCUUGCAGGCACCUUUUGCUUAUUUCCAAAAAAAAAAAAUAAAGUCCCCCUUCAAAAGUAAAAAAAGCUUUUGUCAGUUUUGAUAUUCCAGAGAUCAAAGCAAUACAACUCCAAAAUAAGUUGUGUGCAGAGGCCCUGUAAUUAGAGUGUGUAGCCCUCCCAAGGGGGAUUGGUUGAAAGAAAAUUUUCUUGGGUGCGCAUAAGCUCUGCUAUGUCCAUUGCAAAAGGAUAUGCAUAAUUUUAAACCCAUCCCUAGUUGUGACGCAAGUCUAGAAUAUCUACAAAUGUCUAAUUCAAAGGAACAAUACAGAAUUUUAAGUGUUCUUUGAAAUGCAUAAAUACAAGAUCCUGUAGAGAGAAUUCAGACACAAAUGCAACCAUAAAAUAGGCUGUAAUCAGCAGGCACAAGAACGAUUAUCACUUAAUGUGACGAAUUGUUCUUGGGACCCCUUUCCAGGUAUCAAAAUAAAUAGCAAAGAUGUGGUCCUGGGGAAAGGGAGGCUCUUGAGUAAAUGCCAUUUAAUUCUUUAGCAUCUGUGUUAAAGAUUAGUGCAGUUUUGAGAUCGAUUAAUUAGCUUCUGUCAUUCCCCAGUGUUAAGCAGUAAUGAUCCAAAUCUCUUCCGCUGUGUAGAGUACAGAGCAGAUCUUUAUAGAGAAAUAGUGAGUUCCAGAAAAAACUGGUAGUCCAUGAUUAAUUAAAUGCUCCUCCCCAGCUUUAUGCAUUCAGCUGCUCCCAAGUCCCCGUUUGUAGCUCCCUCCCCACAGCACAUGUGGUUGGACUUUUACAUCCUUGUAUUGCGGUUUCACACAUAGACCUUUCCCCACCCACCCUCCCUUAUGCACUGCAUUCUUCCUUUGCAUUGUAAAGAAGUCUCUGUAUGUCCUCAGCACAGCACCCAGAGUGAUCCUAUUAAACAAAGUCCCAUGUCAUUUUGGAGCUCAGAAUCCUCUGUGGUUUCAUCUUCUUUAAGGUAAAUGUCCAAGUCCAUUCAGUAAAUGUCCAAGGUCUCCAGUGUUGUGUGAUCUGUCCACCAGCCACCCUCUUCCCCCACCCUAUCGCCUCUCACUGCCCUCCCCCCUUGCUUACCAGGCUCUAGUCA